AUGGUCCAGUGCUACACAGGCUUUUUGAUUUCUUUCGCAUGUGUCAUACGUGGUGCCUUUGGACUACGAUUUUUACAUUCUAAAAAUGUCGGUUCCAUUUCAGGCGAUAAGAUUUUCAUCACCCACAAUGACCAUAAACAUCCGAGUGCACGAUACAGAAGAGACAUCCCAGGCAUGCCGGCAGAAUUCAGCUUUCAUUUUCAGCACGAAAAUAAGCACUUGCAUUUUAACCUAACACGUGGUAAAGAACACAUGACCAUGCCCUUGUAUUUGACGAAUGCCGAUCGUGAACUGUAUCUAGCUGAUGGCUUCACCCCAGAGCAGAUUGUAAACCAGAAAUCAGGAAUAUAUCGCAGUAAAAAUGGUGAUGGCGUUUUCAUGAUUGAAAAAACUCCGAACAACCCAAACAACUACAUUCUGGGUGGAAAUUUCUAUCUUGGUAACAGACAAUAUACUUUAAAGCCUGGCAUCCCGGACGAGGAAGAAUUUGGUGCCCAUUUUAUUGAGGAGUAUGGUCGAAGCAAACGUGACCUGGAACAUGCAACCACUGUCCGUAGGAUCGUUAACCUUGCUAAUGAUACAAGAACUAGCAAGUUAUCGGGUUACAGUGCAGCUAAACCAAAAGUAGCAGGAGAUCCUGAUCCAGAGUCGCAACAUCGACAUAAACGUCAAGUUACAUCAUAUAUCAUAGAAUUUUUCUUCUUCGUCGACAACAAAGACUAUCAAAAUUUCUUCAUCUAUAAUGGUAAUAAUUCAGCCGCCGCAUUGGCCGAUGUCAUGUUGUUUUACGCCUUUAUUGAAGAAUGCAUCAAUGUGAAAUAUGCCACAAUUCCAGAAACAGAUGCGACCAUUAGUGUUCAAAUACGGUCGACAGGAAUCAAUAUCGCACUGCUCUCGAUAGACCAUCCUUGGAUCAACAACAACUAUAUAAGUGGUAAUUUAGUGAACACAAACCAAGCCCUGAACGACCUUGAAGCUUAUGUCAUUGCGAAUGUUGGUAGUUUACCAUCAUCUGAUCACUACAUGUCUUUUACUGGAGCGGAUCUUGAUGGCGCAGCAGGGAUUGCUUUCGAUGGUACGGUUUGCACCACAUCCGGUGUCUCACUUACAGAAAACGGGUUUGAUGGAUUCACUUGUGGUAUUGCUGCUCACGAGUUGGGACAUUCCCUUAGCUGUCAGCAUGACGCAGAAAAAGGUCCGACCUGUAGCGACGCAUCCAACAAUAUUAUGGCUACAACUUUGGGGUUUCCCACCUCUAACGCCGACGCUGGGCACCCAUGGAGAUUCUCGCAAUGUUCUGUAGCUGAUAUCAAAUCCAAAUUAGCCAGCGUGACGUGUGCUAAUCCAGCAGAAACUACCACGCCCUCUAGUGCACUGUCCACUGGUGGCCAAUUUGCAGGACAAGUUUACGACGCCGAUGAACAAUGUAAACGCAUAAAGAAUGAUAGCACCGUCAGAUUUUGUCGAGACUUUUACUCCUCCUCUCCGAGCUUUGAUGAAAUGUGUUGGACCAUGUACUGCGGAAAGGAUGGCGAAAGCUGCUCUCAAAUCAUAGCUUAUGAAGGAACAAGUUGUGGUAGUGGCAAGUGGUGCGACAAGGGUUUGUGUGUUACCAAUGCGAACGCUCCCAGUCGAUUCUCCCCGAUUGCUUCACAGACUACAUCCCCAGCUACAAGUCCCACCCCAGCACCUACACCAUCCCCAGCUACCAGUCCCACCCCGUCGCCUACAACAACCCCCAUCAUUUCACAGGCUACAUCGCCUACACCAUCCCCAGCUACCAGUCCUACCCCAUCGCCUACAACAGCCCUGGUCGUCUCCCCGGUUACUAGUCCAAAUCCCCCAAUUGUGGAGCGUUACGUUAACCUAAUCUGUGACGCUUCAUUUGAAUCCUUUGAAUCCUUUGAAUCCUUUGAAUCUUUGGAAAGUUUGAAAAGUUUGGAAGAUUUAGAAUCAGAGUUGGAUGAUUUUCCCAAUUUUGGGGGUAUCUUCACAAGAUAUCCGCGUUUUGGACCAUGGGGGAAGAAGUGA